UGCAAUCUCAUUCACUGCCCACUCCUUAGAACCAGUGGAGGAACACCUGGAGGAGCACUCCAGGGACAGGGACCAUGUCAGACAGGAAGGAGGAGCCCCCCGAAGUGAGGGAGCCAGCAUGCCUGCUGUCAGAGGCUGACCUGGACAUCUGUGGGGAAAAAAUGCAGAAAUAUGGGCUCUGUGCCCACGUGUUCUGCCUGUUUUUUGCUAAACUUUUUCCACAAAGAAACAAGAAAGUAGGAUUCCUAGGCCUUCUCCCCAAGGAUAUCCAACAUACAGUUGACCAGGCAGCACAGAAGAGAUGCUGCGUCUGUGGCCAGAGCGGGGCCACCAUCACCUGCUGCGAAACAGACUGUGACCUGAGCUUCCACCUGCCCUGUGCCAAGGAGGGAGGCUGUGUCACCCAGUUCAUUACACCAUACAGCUCCUUCUGCCCCACACACAGCCCACAGCAGGCAGUGGAGGCGACUCUGGAGCCGGGCACCGAAUGCCUCAUCUGCAUGGAGCCUGUGGAGGACAGAAAGACCUUCAACACCCUGGUGUGCCCAGCCUGCAAAACCACCUGGUUCCACAGAUACUGUAUCCAGAAUCAGGCUAUCCAUUCUGGAUUCAACAUCUUCUGCUGCCCACGUUGUCAAAAUGAGUAUCGAUUUCUGAUGGAAAUGUUUAUCAUGGGGAUACGAAUCCCCAGGAGGGGACCAUCAUGGGAGGAAGAUGGUGCCUAUGGGCAAUUAUAUGAGAGACACAGCCGCUGCAAUGCCAGUGAGUGCCUUUUUCCAGGAGGCAGGCAGGAGGCAGAGGAACAGGGGCCCUGGAAACUGCUCCUGUGCUCCUCCUGUGCUGCCGAGGGCACCAACAGACACUGCUCUGGCCUGAGGGACACCAUAACCAGAUGGGAAUGUGACAACUGUGCUGGUCUGGGCACAGCCUCCAGAGAUGACUCAGAGCUCAGCAUGGACAAACAGUUGGGAUUGGAACCUUCCCACAGCCUGCCAGCACCUGACAUCAUCAGCCCCAGCACAGGCAGCCUGGUGCCAUCAGGGCUGUCUCACAGAUCAUCUCUAGCACCUGAGACCAGCAGCCAGGCAGAAUCAGGACAGUCUCUGGAAUCUCCCUCUCUAGAGACCAGCAGCUCCAGCACCACCAGCCAGGCAUCAUCAGGGUCUGCCUGUGUCUCUCAUGAUCUAGAAAGUGGCAGACACUCCAGCAGCCCUGGGCCUGUGUGGAUCUGAUACCAUUCCCGCCUGCAACGUCAGGCCCAGAAUCCCCACAGCCAGCCUGGACACGGGCACUGGGCCUGCAGUGCACCAUCCCGGAAUGCUGGCCCUGAUCCCGCUCCUCCAGCACAAUAAAGUGCACUGGAAGGCACCACACUCAUAUGUCAGCUUCCUCCUCCUCCUUCUCUCUCUCCAUGGGCAGCAUUGAGGGCUGGGCCCAGGGCAUCAUUGUCUCCCAAGGGUUGG